CCCAAGAUGGCGGAGUACGUGCAGGUGCUGAGGCGAGCGCUGAAGCACCUCGGCGGGCACGGCGGCGUCCGCGGCGCCCUGCUGCAGCUGCUGAGGGUGAAUGAUUUGAAGACUGGCACGCUGGUAGGAACUGACAAGUAUGGGAACAAGUACUACGAAGACAAAAGAAACUUCUUUGGUCGGCACAGGUGGGUCAUCUACACCGAGGAAAUGAAUGGCAAAGACACCUUCUGGGAGGUUGAUGGAAGUAUGGUGCCCCCUGAAUGGCACCGCUGGCUUCACUCCAUGACAGACGACCCUCCCACCACUCACCCACCAGUUGCUCGUAAGUUCAUCUGGGAGAACCACAAAUUCAACCUGAGUGGCACUCCUGGGCAGUAUGUUCCUUACUCCACCACCCGCAAGAAGAUACAGGAGUGGGUCCCACCCAUGGCAGCCAGCAAGUGACAGCAGCAACAGGGACUGGCCUCAGCCUGGCAGGCACUGCAUGUCCUGUUUGCACUGCUUGGGAGCCAAAUAAAAGCCUCUA